AUGCCCUUCAUCCACCGACUACCGAAGAACAUCAUCAUGAACGACAGCAACCCGACCGAGCCAUCGCAUGACGCNGAGCGGUCCAUNGUGUCGCUGGAAGCUCACGACUUUGAAGCCUUAAAAAGCAGCAAGGCACAACUCGACAAGGCGCGUCAAGAGGUGGACAAAAGAUAUGAGGACUUGUCAAAGUGUCGUUUGGACAGCAUGACUUAUGUGAAGACACGACUCGACCGGGCACGACAGGCAGAACAGUCUUGCUUCCAGGGAUUCGAGCGGGUACACAACCAACUUGUCACAAAAAUAUCACGGCUCGUUUCUGCCAAUGGCAAUGCUGCCAGUCGUAGUACCGAUACGUCUGAAGAAGACAUGGGUACAUCGUCGCUUGGUCCCCUCCCGCCAGUGAGACCGAGGAGGAUACAAGUUUCUACCAGGGCCAAUGCCGGUCCGUCACGACGUACUACCCGCAACACUCGAACUCUUGACACUGCAAGAGCAUCUGCCAAACAAGCUCCAACUCCAGUCAUCGUCUUACUAGCGUCUCGCGCUACCACCAAUCCCGAGUUCAGAACGCUCAUGCAGGUAGUAGCCAAGGGCAAUGCGAGCCAGGAGCAGUUUCGCAUCUUAAACAAACAUGUAAGCGAAUUGACGGCAAUGGUCGACGCCGCCUAA